AUGGAUCACACGCGCGACCCCUGCCCCUGGGUUGCCCUGAGCGACUUCGGCGGUGCCUUUUGUAUGGGUGCCAUCGGUGGUGCCGUCUGGCACGGUGUCAAGGGUUUCCGCAAUAGUCCCUACGGCGAGCGCCGGAUAGGUGCUCUCACAGCUAUCAAGGCGCGUGCUCCCGUCCUCGGUGGUAACUUCGGCUGCUGGGGAGGACUUUUCAGUAUAUACGACUGUUCAAUCAAGGGAAUUCGCAAGAAGGAAGACCCUUAUAAUGCUAUCAUCGCUGGUUUCUUCACCGGCGGCUCCCUCGCCAUCCGUGGUGGUUACAAGGCCGCCCGAAACUCCGCUAUUAUGUGUGCUGUCUUCCUUGCUGUAAUUGAGGGUGUCGGCAUUGGUUUCCAGCGUAUGAUGGCUGAUAACACAAAGCUCGAGCUUCCUCCCCCUCCUCCAUCUGAGCAGAAGGCCUUGGCUUAA